UCCGAGAAGCGCCCCGGCAGACUCGCGCCCAGCCCGAUCCGCCUGCCUGGCGCGGCGAGGGGCGCCCAGGAAGCAGCCCGCGGAGCCGAUGCUCUGAGAUGGCUGCGCACCGGCCACUCGCGCUGCUGCUGCUGCUCCGCCUCGCACUGGCCGCGGCUGUGACUCUCCCGGGGGCAGGUGCCUUUACAAUCUCCAUUCGUUCUGUUGACAAUCUAACCGUUCUGAUAAAGCCUGGACCUUCUACUCAAGCAGAAAAGUUCUGCCGGCUGUGUACAGGGAGAGAUUGCUUCUCCGAACGGAAAGUGCGACCCGGGGAGCAGUUUAAUUUUUCUUUUGAAUGUCAAGCACCAGAAAAAUAUUGGGUCUUGUUGGUUGAAAAGUACAUUGAUUGUACAUCAAGACUGUGCCCCUUUGCAGAUGUUCUUCUUCAGCCUUCAGGAUUACCGAACCUUAAUAGGACAUUUAUUUGGGAUGUUAAAGCUGAUAGAAAACAUGCACUUGUACUGAAGUUUGCUACAUGGUUAAGACAAGUGGAACCUGGGGACACUUGCCAAGAUCAAGUUGUUUACAAAAUUGGCAGCCGCUUUGAUGCCAGCACAGUCAAUAUCGGAUCGUUCUGCAAAAAUGGUUCAGUUUCUCGGGUGAAGGUACAAGGGGAAGUAAUAAUGACCCUACAGCUUCCCUGGGAUUCAAAACUCAACACUUCCGGUUUUAAGAUAGAAAGCAGGGAUUCCAUAAAAAGAUUGUGCAUUAUUGAAUCAGUGUUUCUGAGUGAAUCAUCGGCAACCUUGAUGUCUGCCAACUUUCCCUUGGGCUUCCCGGAAGAUGAACUCAUGACUUGGCAGUUUGUUGUUCCUCAUACCUUGAGAGCCAGUGUCUUCUUCCUCAACCACACCAAGCCAAAUUGUGAACGGAAAGAACCGAGACUGGAGUACUUCUUACCUGGAAAUAACAACCCUGAGAUUUAUUCAUGGAAAGGUGGACAACCAAUUAAUAUUCCUGGUAGCUUCAGCCUUUCCUUGCAAGGCUGUGAUCAAGAUGAUACGGACCCUGGGGCUCUUCGCCUGCUUUUUAAAGUUGAUGUUCACUACCCUAAAAAUGAAGAGAAUAUCUCCUUCACUGUUGACCUCAGGUCUGAGAAGGACAUGAAUGUUACAUUUUAUUCAGAUGUACUGCAGUCCGGAUCCCAUUCACAGAAUAAACCUACCUGCUUAAUCUGCAGAAGCACUAGACACUGUGGACCCAAUGUGACGUUAUCAUCUGGUGGCUCAACUUCAAUAACCAUUCUGUGCACCCAAAAGGAUUUAUCCAGCUGUGUAAAGAUGGUUGCUGAAAAAUCUUUAGCCUGUUGGAAGUCGAGGGUCUGUCAAAAUAGACAGUUCCUUCUGUUUGUACCCAAGAGUCUUCUCAGGCUUCCAGUCCCGCUUGACUCGUUUGUAUGGAAACUUACAGCCCCUGAAGACACCAACAUAGAACUCAGGGCUCCAGGCUUGAAACUACAGCAACAUAUCCCCAACCAGCAACACAAAUGCAGUGGAAGUUACAGUUAUGCCAUUAAUGGGACCAACCCAGGGAAGACCUUAGGAUUUGGUAUAUAUUGUCCAGGGGGAGCUAUUGAAAAAAUCCAGAUAAGAAACAAUGUCACCAUAAGCCUGAAGACAUUUGGACUCCGGUUCAACAGUACCUAUUGGGAUCAGGAUCUGAAGUUGUCUUUUGUGCCUGCUAUGAAAGAAGAUUGCAUUUUCACAGUUUCCCCAGCUCCAAAAUCCAAAGUUUACUUAGAGACCCCUAACUGGGUGGAUGGUCUACCUUCCCACAUGAACGUCUGUUGGAACAUCAGUGUCCCAAGGAAGAGUACUGCACAGCUUCAAUUCUUAUCUGAUCGGAUGGGUGUUAUUUGUGAGGAGGGAUGGGCUAAUGUCUACGUUAAUGAACAGACCCCAAAUGCAGAUAAUAUUGUACUCCGUAAUGAUCAGCUACUGCCGAGGACUCUAGAUAUGCGUCAUAAUUUCUGGAUAAACAUCAGUAACUGUAAACCAGCUCGUAAUAAUAUUCUAUCCAUGCAAUUCACCGUGACAAUCGCUGGCAAAAAAUCAGAUGUGGCUAUCAUCGCUGGUGGGGUGGCUGGUGUACUAGCAGUGCUAACAGCUAUCGGGCUUGCUGUAUGCUGCAUUAAGAAAAAGAAGAAAAAGGAAACUCCCCAAGCCCCAGUGGUUGGGGUGUAUAAUACUAAUGUCAACACCCAGCUCCCUGCCAAACAGGGCGUGUUCAAAAAGGGGCGGAAGAACAAUGAGUCGCAUGUCUAUGCAGUCAUUGAUGACACCAUGGUCUAUGGGCAUUUGCUGGAUAACUUGAGCAGACCCGCAAAUGCUGAGGUAGGCGUCUAUCGGCCUUUUACAGGUCCUGUGAGUUCCAGGCCUCCUUCUCCCCCUCCAGUCUCAUCUUUCAGGAAAAUGUCCAAACUAUCUAGCACUGAGGAGUCCUCCAUACCAGUGACUGACAAUGAGAUAUAUACCUUUGCGCAGCGUGCACUGGAGCCACUCAAGAGUAAUGGUGACACACGUGUGAGUGAUAAUGGAGAGGUGGGCAUGUCCUUACUUGGAAAAAAGGAACUGGAAAACUCAGUGGAAUAACCUUGAUACAAAAACUAAGACUUCUCGGGCAUGUAGACAGAACUGUGGUUUACACAUGGUUGUGCCUUUCCUUUUUUAAAAAAAGGAAUAAUUUUAAAGCCUAUUUUUACAAUUCCCUUUGUAAAUUGUUCCUUGCAAAUCAUGUCAGUUUUUUAGCAUGAGUUUUCAGGCAAUGUAUCAUAAGGACACUGUCCAGAAUCUUGAACAUAUAAAGGUAUGGCAAAGAUGCAUUUCCAACUUCUGUUAGACUUUUUAAAAAGCCAAGAAGCUAUGUACAGCAUUUUAAGGGGACCUGGAAAACCGCAUUUCCAAAGCUAUCGAUUUCUUUGGCUCGUGAAGAUGGACUAGCAUUGAUAUGAAGAUUCCAGCCAUGCUGCAGAAUGAAUCCUUUGACGGAGGAGGGGGGGCACCGCUCGAAGAGGGCUUUUCUAACUUAAAAGCUCAUCGUAGGAAGAUGAAUUUUAUUCAUUGUAUAGUUCUAAGUAAGAUUACACCAGUAUUUGAAUGGACAUCUGUACAACUAAACAAAAGUGAUGGUUGUGUUUGGAAAUGAGAAUUCCACAUCCAAUCAGUUGUGUAAAUAUAUGUAAAAUAAAAUAUUUUAUUUGUAUUUUCUUUAUGUGGAAACAACUUGGUGAAUUUUAACCAGCUGUCAUCAGUGAUGCUUGUGAAAGGUUGGGGAUUGGUCCAUAUGAUGUCUUGUAUCUCCAGAAUGUCAAAGGUCCAAUGCACAGAAGUAUGGAAGCCGUGUCCGACACAUACAGUAACCAUGCUUUAUGCUGCAUUCUCAAUUUAUAGUGCAAAGCUUGGUGGGUUUUAAAGAUGAAACAUGUCUCGGAGAACAAAACAAAACUCCCUUUUACUUGUGGAUUUGAGUUCUGCCAGUUUUCUGACAGGAUGAUGAAGAUCCAGCAAGAUACCUGUAAGCUGCUUCUAGGUUUUCUUGGAAUGCGUUGUAAAAAUGUAAGAUGUCUUUGGCCAGUAUUGGAUCAAUGGUCAAUAUACUUAUCUGCAGUAACAGAAGCACAGAGUUGGAAGAAGCAACAAUUGUGUAGCUAAUGCUAACAUGCAGAUGUCCCAGCCCUUACACAAUACUGAACUUUCUAGCAUUAAUAUAUUUUCAAGUGCCUCAUUUCUGGGUAUAGAUGUGUCUUGUGCAAUGUACAUGACAUUGCAAUGUAUACGACAUUGCACACAGUUCUAGACUUCCAAGCUGCCACUGACUGUUUUAUAGUGAGAAAAUCCAUGCACGGCGGUUUUUUAAAAAUCCGUGCUUACAAGUUAGGAAAGAAAUGGAAAGAUAAUAAUUUGGCCUCGUAGCAGUAUACACAAUGGUUUCACAUGCACUCCAAAUCAGUAGAUCAUAUAUGAGAAAGCAUUUUCACUGGUCUUUGUGGAUGCUAGUAUUUUGUCUUCCUGUAGACAAAAGGGAUUGGUUGCACAAGAGCUCUUGCCCCACUUCCAUUUACUUUACUGCGUAUUGAGUUAAAGGAAGUUGUUUCCUGUGUUGAAUAAGCAGAGUUUAGUAAAAAAUAAAAAUUUCAAGUUAAUCAUUAGAAUCCAAAGAGCAGUGUGGUUGUAGAUCUUCUGAGGUUCUUUCCAAAAGCCACCUCCACAAUAUCUUGCAAGCUGCUUCUCAGAAUCAACGGGCUUCUCCAUCAGGAAGAGCUGCAGCCUGGCAAAAAAGAAAUGGGGGAAAUGCUGAUGGACUUAGAAAAGUGCUUGCAUUAACCAGAGGCUCUGUGAUUAUUUCCGAUGUUUUAUAUAUAGUGGAUUCAUAUUUAUUUGCAUCGAUGUGUGUUUGUGUGUGAGAGAGAGUGAGAUGUAAUAUGUAAUUAUAAUUUGGUUUACAUGCAGGGCUUUUUUUCAACUGGAAUGCGGUGGAACGGAGU